AUGAAUACCUUUAUUAUUAUCAAACGAAUAGCCUAUGAUUACAGUUAUGGUUCCGAGACUUUUCACACCUGUGUCUGGAAGGGGUCGGGAAAGGGAUAUCAAGUGUUGACAGAAACUGAUUAUGAAUUUGACACCGAUUCUGAUUCAUCGCACUAUGAAUUAGUUAAUAGCUCAUCUAGUACCACUGAAGAUCCUACCACCAUUAUUAGCGAUGAUCCCAUUAGUAGCUCAACCACUGAAUUGCACACAAAGUCUGUGGUGUCGACCCCUAUAACCACGGAAUCAGUUGCAGUGACAAUGACCUCAACCCUACCACCACCGUCGACCACUCCAGAGAUAACAAUUUCGGUGCCAUUGUGUAAUAUUGAUGGCAGAUAUGAUGGCCAGUACGGUAUUGAACACUGGCCACCCGUUCCCAUCGGACGCCGUUCACGUGUUAAAUGUCCUCACGAGGAUUCGGGUCACGCCUACUGGAAAUGUAUGCAAAACGGACUGUUCUCGUCUCACGGCCCCAAUUGGACUCAUUGUGACUACUGGUUGGAGGAAUUGGACAAAACAGACAUCGAUAGCGUGGACACUGCUAUUGAUGUGAUCGAAACCAUCACCAAAAAGACUUAUAAUAACAACACUAUCGUUGAAAGCGAAAAGUUGUCCAAAGUUUUAGAUAUCGUAUCGAAAGUGCAGUCGUUUGUGGAGAACGCAAACGACAGCAGUUUAGUGGUCGUCAAGAACUACACCCACGGAGUGAUCAACACUUUUAGUCAUAUUCUGGACCAGAAGUACGCGUGGAUUAACUCAACCUCUAAGGAGAAGACUAAUCUCGCCUCAAAGAUAUUGCUCACCACU